UUAAACAAUUGCUUUUCUGGAGCGGAGCGGAGGGCGUCCGAUAGUAAAACAACAGCUUUGCCGACCGUUUUCUUUCCUUCCACAACCGCCCUCCGGCGCUCUUGGGUGGGAGGAGACAGCGUCUGACGCGCACUAGCCCGGGAACUCUGCCAUUUUCACGUCCCUUGCGGCUGCACCCGGUUUCAGGCAGCGCUCCCGCGAGCGCCCGCCCGGCCACCGGCCUCCAGGCCUCCAUUAUCCCAGGGUGCACUGCGGCGGGGGCGGGAGCCCAACCUGCGGCCAUGUUGGGAUAGUUUGUUGUUUUCUUUCUGCGGAGAAGAGGCCGGUGUGGACCCCGAGCCGCCCGGCCUCUGCCCCCGCCCCCGUCCCACCCAGUCCCGCCCCACCACUCUCCCCUCCCCCACCCUGUUGGCCCUUCCUCGGCCUCCCGACCAGGCCCGUCUGCCCACCAGCUGGUUUGGUGGGGCGAGGCUGAAGGCCAGUCCCGGCAAGCACCAUGGCGGCUGCACUGGGAGCGGGCGGAGGAGCUGGAGCUGGAGAUGAUGACUUUGAUCAGUUUGAUAAGCCUGGGGCGGAACGGUCCUGGAGAAGAAGAGCUGCAAAUGAGGACUGGGAUAGUGAACUUGAAGAUGACUUACUUGGAGAAGAUUUGCUGUCUGGCAAAAAGAAUCAGUCGGACUUAUCAGACGAAGAGCUAAAUGAUGAUCUUUUACAGAGUGAUAACGAAGAUGAAAAUUUCAGUUCUCAGGGUAUCACAAUUAGUCUUAAUACCACAUCUGGCAUGGUACCAUCAUUUGAACUGUCUGACAACACUAAUGACCAGUCUGGAGAACAGGAAUCUGAAUAUGAACAAGGAGAGGAUGAAAUAGCUUAUCACAAAUCUGAUGGCUCUGAAUUGUAUUCUCGAGAGUACACAGAAGAAGGACAGUAUGAAGGCCAGGAUGCUGAACUGACAGAAGACCACAUAGAAUACGUGGAGGAGCCGGAGGAGGAACAGCUUUACAAUGAUGAAGUGUUAGACAUCGAAAUCAAUGAGCCUUUAGAUGAAUUUACAGAUGAAGAAUACUUGCAGGCUUAUGGUGGGCAACAAGGGAUGCAAAAGCAGGAAGACUAUGUUGCUGAAGAUAAAUUAGAUGAGAUUACUGAUUCCCAGGUUGCUCCUGAAACUGCAGAGGGAAGCGUGGAAACUUUGGAACUCCAGAAGGAGGUAAAAGAAGAAUCAGAUGAAGAAGAAGAUGAUGAUGAAGAAUCUGGGAGAUUACGUUUCAAAACUGAAAGAAAAGAAGGAACAAUUAUUAGGCUUUCAGAUGUAACUAGAGAGAGAAGAAACAUUCCAGAAACUUUGGAACUUUCUGCAGAAGCCAAAGCUGCAUUGCUUGAAUUUGAAGAAAGAGAGCGACAGCAUAAACAGGGACGCUAUGGUUCCAGACGGGGAGGAAGGAGAGGAGGCUCCUUAAUGUGUCGUGGAAUGGGAGACCAGAGAAGAGAGAACAGUGAGAGGGGAAGAAUGAAAGAUCACAGACCUGCUCUGCUUCCAACACAGCCUUCUGUAGUGACUCAUUCGCCAAGAUUAAUUCCUCCUCCACAGCCACAGCCUCCACCGCCACCCCCGCCACCUCCUCCUCAGCCACAGCCGAUUAGAAGCCUGUUCCAGCAACAGCAGCUCCAGCCUCUGCUUCCCUUACAGCAUCCUCACCACCCCUCCCCGCCUCAAGGAAUGCACAUGCCUCCCCAGAUAGAAACCCCGAGAAUAAUGAUGACCCCACCUCCAGUGACGCCACAGCAGCCCAAGAAUAUACAUAUAAAUCCACAUUUCAAAGGAACUGUGGUGACUCCUGUCCAAGUGCCCUUGCUGCCACUUCCGAGCCAGCCAAGACCUGCUGUGGGACCCCAGAGAUUCCCAGGCCCUCCAGAAUUUCCACAGCAUACGCCUGGGCCUGUUCCCAAUAAUUUUAGCCAGCCCCCCCGACUUCCUAUUCAGGACCAAUGGAGAGCCCCACCCCCUCCUCAAGACCGAGACCCUUUCUUCUUAGGAGUUUCAGGUGAACCAAGGUUUCCAAGUCAUCUUUUUCUGGAGCAGCGAAGUCCCCCUCCACCACCACCUCCUCCUACACUUCUUAACAGUAGCCAUCCUGUUCCUACUCAGAGCCCUUUACCGUUCACUCAGCCCGGACCAGCAUUUAAUCAACAAGGACAGCAACCAGGAUUUCCAAGAGAGAGGCCUGUGAGACCAAGCCUUCAGCCUCCAGGUCCUGUGGGGAUUCUUCACUUCAGCCAGCCAGGAUCAGCAAAUACACGGCCUUUUAUUCCUCCUAGACAGCCGUUCUUGCCGGGCCCGGGCCAGCCGUUUCUACCAACACACGCACAGCCUAAUCUGCAGGGGCCAUUGCAUCCUCCAUUGCCACCUCCACAUCAGCCCCAGCCUCAGCCCCAACAGCAGCAAGCUCAGCAUCAGCAGCAGCAGCCCCAGCAUCAGCCCCAGCAUCAUCAGCACCAGCCCCCACUUCAGCCCCCACACCAGCCCCCACACCAGCCUCCACAUCAGCCUCCUCCCCAGCAUCAGCCUCCUCACCAGCCACAGCAUCAGCCGCAGCACCAGCCUCCACAUCAGCCCCAGCAGCAUCAGCAUCACCACCACCUUUCCGUUCCUCCUCCACCUCUGAUGCCCAUGUCUCAGCCACAGUUUAGGCCUCAUAUGCAGACUCCGCAGCCUCAGCCAAAUAGCAGCAGAAUGCAGUGCCCCCAGCGCCAGGGGCUAAGGCAUAAUACAACUUCACAGAAUGUAACCAAACGGCCAAUUCAGCAAAUGCAGCCAACCGCUCCAAGAAAUAGUAAUUUGCGUGAACUACCAAUAGCGCCAUCACAUGUCAUGGAAAUGAGUAACAGUCGUUGCUCCUCCACACCUGCAGCUCAAGUGAAACCUAUCAUAAGCACGUCACCACCCUCGAGAUCUGUGGUGGGUUCCAGGAACACGCAGGGAAAGACCGAGGUGAAGGUCAAGCCUGUUAGCCCUGUGGUUCAACCUAAAGAAGAAGCAAAAACGGAACCAGAGUUUCCUGAUGAAGAUGAGGAAACAAGGUUGUAUCGUUUAAAGAUAGAAGAACAGAAACGCCUAAGAGAAGAAAUCCUGAAACAAAAGGAGUUACGACGGCAGCAGCAGGCUGGUGCUCGAAAGAAGGAGUUACUUGAGAGACUCGCGCAGCAGCAGCAGCAACAGCAGCAGCUUUAUACCCCCCAGCUCCCAGUAGAGCAAGAAGAACGCACAUCUUCACCUUCACCCCCCAAUGGAAACCCAUUGUUACCCUUUCCAGGUGCACAGGUCAGACAAAAUGUGAAAAACAGACUUCUUGUUAAAAACCAAGAUGUUGCUGUUUCAAAUGUUCAGCCCAAAACAUCAAGUUUUGUACCAUCUGGUGCUAAUAUGCAGUAUCAAGGACAAUUGAAACCACUGAAACAUUUGAGACAGGCCAGAACAGUACCUCAAAGUCAAACUCAGCCAUCCCUCAAAGUACUACAAGUGAAACCUGCUGACAUGGAAGAAUUACCACCUUCGCCACAGACUGCUAGAGUGGCCUCCGUCCAAGGCCGGCCCCAGGAAGUAAAACCUGGAGUGAAAAGGACGGUCAUGCAGCGGGCAAACAGCGGUAGUGGAGACGGGCCGCACAUCAGCUCCAAAGUCAGGGUGAUUAAGUUGUCAGGCGGGCAGGGAGGAGAGACUGAUGGCUUUUUCCACCCAGAGGGCCAGCCCCAGCGGCUUCCUCAGCCUCCGGAAGGGAGACAGCAGCCUGCCCGGAAGGUCACGCUGACCAAGGGGACCCUUCCGCAGCCACAGCACUCGCCAGUGGCCGCCCACAUGCACCCAGCUAUUCCUCCAGGAAUCAAAAGCAUUCAGGGAAUCCACCCAGCGAAAAAGGUCAUCAUGUAUGGGAGAGGUAGAGGAGUAGCAGGGCAGAUGGGUCGCGGACGCCUCAUGCCAAAUAAGCAGAACUUACGCGUGGUGGAGUGCAAGCCUCAGCCUUGUGUCGUGUCGGUGGAAGGGCUUUCUUCAUCAACUACUGAUGUCCAGCUGAAAAACCUGCUCAUGUCCGUAGGACCCAUUCAGAGUUUACAGAUGCUUCCCCAGCAACGGAAAGCCAUAGCGAAGUUUAAGGAACCAGCACAUGCGUUAGCAUUUCAACAGAAAUUCCACAGGCAUAUGAUAGAUUUGUCCCACAUCAACGUGGCCCUGAUUGUUGAGUGAUUUCUGAAAGGAGAAUCUGACCUUAUGCUAUACAAACACUGUGGAAUUUCUUCAAGGAAGCUCCCGGAGCAGGAUCCUCAAGACCUGAGACCUUUCCAGUCACAGCCUUGCUUAACUGUUGUCCGGAGCUACAAACAGCAGCAGGAUUGGUUCAAGAAGAGCUGAACUUACAGGACAUAGCAAACUGGUGUUUGGUGUUAAAUUUCUUCAAUUUCUGUUGUAACCACAAAGAGCUACAGUUUUUCAUUGUCUUUUGUUUUCAAAGUGCUUAUAAUGCAUGUAGACAUCGUUGUUGAAGAUCUUAACUGUAUGAUCGAUCACAGUGACUUAGAUUCAGGAAGAACAUUAAUGCCACAGAUUCGCAGUAUUUUUCACAGCAAAGAAUAUUUGAUAAUGGUUGCACUUAUCUUCAGUGCAGGCUAGAAAACAGUUUUCUCAGCCAAGCUUCACUUGAGUUGUCUUCUCAGAAAGACCUCAAAAAGUCCUUGUAAAAACGUAGAUUAAAAUUUGGGUGAUUAUUGAUUGACUUUUGCGUAUCCUGGAAAGCCAGGGUGUGAGAGGGUGGUGGGGAGUGGUGCCGAUUGAAGUGGCAGAUUCUGCUUCUUGUAAAUAUUUCAAAAGCACCAGCUGUAUGUUCCUGCUUCUAAGGAACUAGUGCCCUUUCACCAGUAUUCCCAAAUAUGGCGAAAAUGCUGGCUGAGCACCAUUGCCAUUCCCUCUGACUUAGAGAAAGGCAUGUCUAGCCCUCUUACCUUGCAGCUCUUUGACAAAGUUCACCAUUAGUGGAGUUCCAUGUCAUAUAUACGGUGCGAAAUUGAGGGACAGCUUAAAGGUUUAACAGACCUAUUUGAUUUUUUUCCCCUCUUUUUAAAUACAGUCCAAAGUGGCAGAUUUUUGUCACUGGCUUUGUGAUAUAGAACAUUCUUUGGGAAUCUGGUUAUCAUUGUUUUGAUUACGCUCCCCCCCCCUUUCUUUCUUUCUUUCUUUCUUUGUUUUGAAGGCUUUUUGAGCAGGGGAUGUACUGUCCUUCAGUGGACCUUAUGCCAGAGUGAUGUUUCCCUGGCACAUACCCUUUGUGGAAAACAAAUGGGAGGUAAUGGGUGUCUUACGUGAUAGCAUAACCUAAAAUAAAAUGUAUGCAUGUCAUUGCUGAAACUGCUUUUAGUGAUUUCCGUGUAGGUUCCUUUAGGUGAGACAGUGAAUCUCCAUAAAGUGACCUUUAGAAAAAUUCAUUUUGGGCAAGCAUUGGAAAAAGUGCCUUAUUGUAUUUCUGCUCAUGAAAGAGUUUCACUGUUUUGGAUAUAUUCUACUGUGAACCUGAACUAUGUGAGCAAAUAAUACGAGGGCAUACACAGACUUUUUAAUCUAUAUUUUAUACUUAAGAUUUCACGUGAAAUUUAUUGAUAGAAUUAAGAGAGAGAGAAGCCUGCUAUCAGUUAAUGUGUCUAGCUAACUGGUAAGGGCCCGAGUGUGAGCAGUGGCACUCUCUGCAGCAAAUGAUUCCCUCAUGGCCUUCAGCCUUCCAGUGGGACUUUAGGAGACAGAGUUCACGUGAAUUUGUAUCAUCUUGUUUUUUCACAAUUGAUAUUUUAUAUUACUUUUCAAAUUAAGUGACUAGAACAAAUACUUAGAACUGGAGAAGAGUAUUCCAGACUUUGAAGCGACAUCAUGUGCUAAGAGUCAGACUAGAAAACGAAGGUGACAGUGGUAAAGGCUGCUCUUCAAAAGAUUGUGGUUCCAGAAAGCUGUAGGCAUUCAUAGGAUAUAUUUGAAAACCCUUCCUUUGAAAGUGAAUUUCAUGUAAACAAAGGUGGCCGUAGCUGCUGGUGACUGCUCACCUUUGUUCCAGAAAGUCCCUGACACACACUUGGAAGAUGGCGUAUACCAGCCAGGCUGUUAGAUACUUCCAGCAGUUUCCCAAGUAAAAGCUCAGUGUGGUGUGCCCUUCAUCUGACUGACAGGCAGUCACUGAGCACUUGGUUUUAGAACUAUGUUCAUAUAUACUUAGAAGUAUAGAUGACUUGGCUCGGUCCACAGGGCAGACCGUUGAAAUGAGUUGGUAGCCUAAACGCUGUAAUGGAGAGAGGUCAGAACCCCUGGUAGCCACAUUCAGCAGAGAGAAGACUUACAGUUGAUGAACUUAAAUUACCAGUGAAGACUUACUGAGGCAAUUAUAUUAGCUUAGCAAAAUUUACCGUUUUCUGAAAUAGUCUGAGAGCGCUGUGGCUUUGAAACCAAAAAUCUGAAUGUUGGCUCUGAAAAGUAGGCAUUUAAGUUAGUGGUAACAAAACUAAGUACUAUAUGGGCACCGUUGUUAAAAACAGAUUUGGUGGCUACAUUAAGGUCUGCUUUUGGCGUUAUCUGGAUAUGGUGCGGUGCCGUGGGAUUGUGUAUGUGUCUGUAACUGUCUACACACAUACCUGCCUUAAGCUUGCUUUUAAAUAUAAUGUUUUGGAUGAUCAACAAAGUCCAACUGGGUCUUGAGUGAAGCGCUGGUUAGGAUGAGGGGACACAGUCCAGCGUCUCUGAAUACGUGUCACCGUUGUAAGUGGGCCCUUAUUAGUACAGACAAUCUAAAAAUAAAGGUUUACUUUCCUGGAAGGAAACUACAGAAAAGGAAAGAAGCAGAAUUAGAAAGUGAUGUUAUUUCCAUUCUCGGUGCACUUCUAGCAGAUAAAUCAGACCAUCUUAAGCUAAACCCUCUUGGAAGAUCUGUUGCAACCAUUAUCUCUGUUCUUUAUUUAUCAUGCAUUUAAAAUGAGAUGCAAGAGCAUUUAACAUACUAUGUAAAUAUGGACCUUUUGAAAUUAAAAUGUUAUUGAAAAUGCUUUCAGUUCAGCUACAUCUUAGCUGUUAGUUCUUUUGUGUUGUCUUAUCAAAGUUUAAUGGAUACAGUUCCAUAAUUGUUGAUGUGUUUGUCUGUAUAUUUGAUUUUUAUAAAGAUGGUAGUAAGUCAAUACAUUUACCCUGAUCUGUGUAUUAUUUGUUCACAAAUUCAAGAAGCUUUAGAGCCAGUAGAUUGCAGUGUAUCUCAUACGGUAAAUAUAGUAGGUGACUGUGUGGAGCCAGGUUACUUCUCUCUCUCUCCUUGCGUUGUCUUGUUUUGAUUUUGUGCUGUAAUACACUGGUUCCCUAGGCUCCUUACCGGAGCGUAACCUUGCAUGAUCAUUGGUUUGGAUACAUUUGUGAAAUUAUACUGAUACUCUUUUAGAGGAGAAAUCGUAUCUGUUUUUCCAAAAGAAAUUUUGAGGGCGUCCCCCAUUUCUGGACAGAUAGCAUCCUAAGUAGGAGUGAGGGCCCUUGCCUCCUUGUGGAGGAGUUUAUGGGAUGGGGUGGGGGUCAUUUCAUCAUAAUUAUUUUAAUUUUUGUAGUUCUUUUCAUGGUUUGUAACAGGCCUGGAUAAACAAUUGUUUAAAUUUUGUUCUGUAGCAUUUCUGAAUUGUGACAGCUUAGCUCCUGCACUCAUGGGUCUUUCUCAGACAGCCUUUUGCUUAGGUAUGAAAACAAGCCUUUGUUACAUAAGGAGGCAGGGUAAGGUGUUAGGUUGAAGGGGAGGGAGGACAGGUAGGAGAGUGGGGAGGGCAGAGACUGUAGAAUGGAGAAAUGCUAAUACAAGUGUUAAUAAUUAACUUUCUUCUAACACACUGACUCUUAAGGGGGACCUCUUCCAAUUAAAUAGAGAAAUAAGAAAGGCAGAGUACACGGCGGGGGGUGGUGGGGGGACACCCCUCAGUGUCUGCUGAGGACAUCAGAGAGGCCGGCUCCCUGACACAGGGACUGAGCAGCUCCCGUAUAGGCAUUUUCAUAAGAUGAGGGUGUGAUCGGCUCGUGUCGUUGUGCAGAGAAAGAACCCAAGGCUUUGUGAUCCUUUCUAGUAGGUUUGGCUUUAAGAAUUUAUCACUUUUUUUUUCUUUUCUUUGUUAUUUAAUUGGGAAGGUAAGACGGACAUGCUCAUAGUGAGUUGGACUGACAGGAAACUUGUUGAAGCUACAGUUACAUAUUAGUAGCAUAAUUGCACAAAUGCAAGGAGACCUGCGUGCUGUCAUGGCUGCAGUGUUCCUCCUGUGUGCUGUAGUGUUUGUGGGAACGAGCUGCCUCCCCUCCCCCAGCCUUCAUCCUCUCACUGGAGAGACAGGUGCCCAGUUAUCCACAGGCACGCUCCCCUGCACAGGCUUUGGAGGGAGUGCCCGGGGUAUGGCUCGGGGUUUAGUCACUUUCACAUGGUCCCUCCCAGGCAUCUGCUUUGUUAUUUUCUUCCCUUCUUACAGGUCUCAGUUCUGGCAUCACAUAUUCACUUUUAGACCCAAGUUUACUUUCUUUCAUUAAGGUAUAACUAUCCCCGCCCCCCCCUUUUUUUGUUUUGUUUUUUGUUUCCUUUUUUUGUUUGUUUUAUUUGGAAUGGGAGGAGCUGGGAACAGGAGGGGGCUGGUGGGAGAGGUGGAACACUUGAAAGGUAUUGUUGGUUUUUUACAAACUGUAAGUGACAUACUCAAAGGAAAUGAAGAGAAGGAGGUAGUGGAGGACAUGAAAUGGGAACAGGAGACACCCACCAGGAAGGGAACCACAAGAAGCUUUGAUCAAUAAGAGGAAAAGUUUAGAUAACUUACUGUAUUUAAUGAGCAUUUCAUUUGACCUUCGAACUAUUUUUAUAACUAUUUUGUGAAUGAAGUGUGAUUUUGGACAUUCUUCAGUAUGAACUCUCCAAAGGCAGUUAGCCUUUGAUCUAAUAUUAAAUCCUAAGGAUUUUAUGUAAGGUUUUUUGGCAACCUGUUUGACUUCUGUGGUUUAAAACGCCCAGCUUCCUAGGUGCAUAAGCCCAUGGUUUUAUGUACUAGAACCAGGGCAGUAAAGCCCACUGAUUCACAUUGGAUCCUCAGGUAUACCAGCUUCUGGUACCGUGUGGUUGGGAAGGAUCAUUUGUUUUACACUUUGUAACCUACCUUUUAUAGAGAAUGUUUUAAAAAUCUAACUUUCUCUUUUCCGUGCCAAGUUUGGUGGGAAAUCUUUUAAUUAAGGUGAGCUGGUAUAACAGGCAUUUUUAGUGAGAAGUUUCUUGAAUAUUUGCUUUUUCCUUUUACUUCUAACCAACUAAAAUAUACAGAGGUCUUCAUGGUGGUGUUUUGCUUUGUUUACUAAUUUAAAAAGAUAACGUAGAAAAGUAUAAGCCCUUUAAAAAGAAAUAUAAUGUAGUUUUUAAGUUAAUAUGUACCACAGAGUGGACAGGGAGACUUGCCAUUUUAACAUAUUUCUAUUUAAUAUUUUACUGUAUUGUAGAAAGUAGACCUCUUGACAUUCUUUUUUUGCAUGAUUUUGUUUAUUUAACUUCAUUUUAAGGGCACAUUAGUGGAACCAGGCUUCUAAAGGACUGUUCACGUCUGCGCAGGCUGCAGUCUCGUCUGAAUUGAGGCAUUUACAACCACGUGCACACACAACACAUUCAUACUCUUGACCAAAGUGCAAAUAAAUAUUCAUUUUUAUAAUUCAGCUUUGCUUUUCACAGGCAUGGGAUCCAGAAUUGCCUUUUCCUCAUGAGGAUUUUAACUCUUAGACUUUAAUUCCACUGUUUAAUUUUCAGGUACUGCAAAGAAAAAGCAUGAAUUCUGAUUUACUCAUUUUUUUGGUUUGUUCUGUCUGUGCUGGACUUUUCUGUUCUUGCUACCAUUAUUCUGUUCACUGUGUCACCUCAACAGCCCAUCCUCCCACGCUUCCCCACCCCCACCCCCCCCAUCUUCUACCUUUGCUAAAACUUGCCUCUCACCACUGAGAGCUCCUUCUCCCACUCUGAAAUCCUCUCCUUUGUUUUUCCCAUCUCUGGCUCUCUUUCCCUCUGCUCCCACCCUGUCCACUGGUGAUGGACUUUUCACACGGGGUGGUGGACACAUUGCUACUUCUCUGCUCACUGUUCACAUGGAGAAUUCCGCUCUGUAGGGGCAAUGUUUGAAUAUUUUUAUACUGUUUACAAAUUGAUUAUAUCUAAACCUUUGCUUUGACAGGUUUUUACUCAAUUUAUUCCUCCAGGUCUUUGAUUGGAGAGAAUAACAUUUUAAUUCUGUUAUUUUUCAGUUUUACUCUCUGUAGGAGUAUGUGGCGACCCCAUAGCAAAGAUACCAGUUCCUGCAGCAGGCGGUUAGCCAUGUGGUUAAUUAAUUACCCGCUCUUUUCCAGGACCUCUUGCAUGAGUCAGUGAUAGUGGUAGCGUGCCUUAGUGUCCUGCUUGGAUCGAUGCCUGUUUGACAGUUGUUAGUACCCUGGCUGACUGUGAUCCUUCCUAACCUUCAUGUAUAUGCGCUGUACGUGCUGGGUGUGGGCCCAGCCCUGAUGCCGAGUGCGACACUGUGUUUACUGGGGUUAGUGCAGGGAGAGUUUCAAAAUCCAGACAUGACUGAAUUCCUUUCCUGUGGUUUGAGCUACCUCAUGUUUUCUGCAGAGCACACUACAUGUACGUUUGUGGGAAAUGAUGUGGCCGUGUUUUACCCCAUUUUUUUUACUCUACAUUAAUUUUAUCAGGAAUAUAUGUGAAGAAUAAUAGUGACAGUUGAAAAUAAACUGUAUAGUUGUGUGUCAUCACGUGUAAUUCCAUACCUAAAGCUGUGUUUUUUGAACUGUAUUGUAAUUUGAAAGGCAUGUAAAUAAAAUUUUACAGUUUCAACUUUUGUUCUGUAGCUUUCAUUUUAUACCACCUCUCCAGCUCCACUCGGAUCACAUCUUACCUUUGUAGAUGGAGACGGCAUUCCCAGCCCUAUGUGAGAGAACUGGGUCUGGGUUUAUCCCGGGAGCAGUGGUGGCAAGCCUCCGGCUGCCCUUCACCUCACCCUCCCGUGCAGCUGGCUGCAGUGAGCAGCAGCAGCCUGUGCGGUGUGAGAGCAGCCAGCCUCAAGGCGCAGUCAGUCCACAGCCAGGAACAGGUCUUCUUGAAAUAGGUAUUCCCUUAGCUGAAGGUGAAGGCCAGGGUGACUGGCUCAUGUUCAUCAGCGUUGCUUGCUUUAAAUGCCAGACACACAAUAGCAAAGCAAAUGUGGAUGUCUGAUUAAUUUCUCUAACGUGAUUUAAUAGAAUUUUAGACCUCAAUCAUAGUCUGAAAUUUCCAGAAGAUUAAAGCUAAAAUAAUUUCCAUCUUAAUCCAUAUUCCAUGAGUAAGUUGUUCUUUGUUUAGAACCUCUGCUUUGCUUUGAGUAAAGGGAUCUCUAUAGAAGAUGGGCAGGAAACACCUUGAGGUCUCAGAAAGCAAGGUUUGCUUUGAGUUGGGAGACAACAUGAAUAAGGAGCUUUGUGUCUUAAAAUCUUGGCACUGUGGCACUGGCACUGUCCCUGGCAUGUAGGAGGUCCUUGGUGUACAUUUGUGCAGUGAGUUCAUGAGGUGGUUUGUUUAUAACAGGCCCAAGUGGGGACCCUCUUUACAGAAACAGAGAAGGUUUGGAAACAUUUUACUUGUUCUUGGAUCCCUUCAGUUGAAAUGAUGCAGCUGAGUUGUGAAAUUUUUCACCCAUUGCAGUUUUUGUCGGUCUCUUCUGACAGACUCUUUUCUUAUUCAAAGAAGUAUUUCCAUAUUCUGAAAGAGAUUAUUUAUAGUCAGGCCUGAAAGGAAAAAUAAGUAAUGGAAGAAUUUUCCAGGAAUGGUGCAGUACUCAAACUGUGGCUCUAAGGAAUGAAAACACAGAAGUGUGUUGGACACCUUUACAAGUAGGCUUAAAAAAAAAUUGUGAGCACAGCAACUGUUAAGGUUCAGGCUUAAAGUUUUCUUGUGAAACUUUCCGGCUUGCCUAUACACUGGAAGGAACCCUGGUGGUACAGUGGUUAAGAGCUUAGCUACUAACCAAGAGGUCGGCAGUUUGAAUCCAUCAGCUGCUCCUUGGAAACCCUAUGGGGCAGUUCUACUCUGUCCUGUAGGGUUGCUGUGAGUUGGAACUGACAGCAGUGGGUAUGCACUGGAAUAAGAGGGUGGAGAGGUUUCUUUCAGUUGCUUUUCUCUGGUCUGAUUUAAGUCCAAAUGGGAGAAUAACUAAAAAGGCCAGGGUGCCCCAGUACCUGAGGCUAUAGACAUGAGACAGUGACAGCCACAAGCGAGGCAUCCCAUGACCUCACCACUGCACUCAAGAUCACAUGUUCACUCAUUAAUCCUUGCAACAACCCUACGGGAUACAGGGUAAAAUCUUUAUCCCCGUUUCACACGUGGGAAAACAGGCACAAAGAGGUAAAGAUAUUUGCCUACCUUUGCUACUAGGUGGCAGAGCUGGGAUCUGAAUAAGCAAGCAGGCUCUGAACUCCAGACCCUGCCAUCUUAACCACUGGCCUCUAUGAGGUACCAUGGCAGGAAUCAUCAGUACCUCAGAAGAACAACGCUCUUCUUUCAUGACCUGGCCUCCACUCAGCUUUGGAAAAAGCUGUACCUUACACAACAACAAAUUGUGUGAAAUUUCAACAACUUUCAAUAUGUGACCUGUGAAAGUACAACCCCAGACAUUUUAAAUAUCUGUUAAACUCCCUUUCCCUCAAUUGCACAUAUGAAAAGUGUCAUCUCAUAUCCCAGUACUUAGCCCAUCCUCAGCUUUGUCUCC